CUCCAGUCAACAAACUAAUAUCUUCUUCCUACUUCUCUCAAUAAACAUCGCUUGUAUUCUCUCUGGUUGCAGCUUUGUUCAUCAAGUAUCAACCAUGUUGAUCUCUUUCUUUACUUUCUUCUCAUUCUGUUUUCUUGGUUGCUCUUCAUUCUUUCUGUUGAACCUUAUUAAAUUUUUGGGUAGUACAGAAUAUUAUGGACCAAAAUCAUACCCAUUUAUCGGAUGUUUAAUCUCGUUUUACAAAAACCGGUUUCGUCUUUUAGAUUGGUAUACAGACCUUCUAGCUCAAUCGCCAACACAAACCAUUGUAGUGAAACGAUUUGGUGCAAGAAGAACCAUUGUCACUGCAAACCCUGACAACGUCGAAUACAUGCUCAAAACCAAUUUCAACAGCUUCCCAAAAGGUCAACCCUUCACUGAAAUUUUAGGUGAUCUAUUAGGGCGAGGAAUCUUCAACGUUGAUGGGGAACUAUGGCGAACACAGCGUAAGAUAGCUAGUCAUGGGUUUACUACAAAAUCAUUGAAAGAACUUGUUGCAAAAACAUUACAAGAAGAAGUCAAGGAUAGAUUACUGCCCAUACUUGAAUCGGCUGCCAAGACUGGUAAAGUUUUAGACAUGCAAGAAUUGUUAAGAAGACUUGCUUUCGAUGUCGUUUGCAAGGUUUCUUUGGGUACUGAUCCUGGUUGUUUAGAACCUUCAUUACCCGUUUCUCCAUUAGCUACGGCUUUUGACAUAGCAUCGAUGAUCAGUGCUAGGCGUGGAGCUGCCCCGCUAUUUAUUAUUUGGAAGAUUAAGAGAGCUUUAAAGAUUGGGACGGAAAAGACACUGAAGGAAGCAAUUGAACAUGUGCACCGAUCUGUUGCAGAGAUCAUUCAGUCCAAGAAAGAAAAACUAAAACAUUUACAAGAAAACGAUGAUUCUAGUGCAGUAGGUAGUGAAGAAGAUCUGUUGUCUCGUUUAAUAUCAGCCGGUCAUGAUGAAGAAUUUAUCAGAGAUAUGGUUAUAAGUUUUAUAAUGGCAGGAAGAGAUACAACAUCAGCGGCGAUGACGUGGUUGUUCUGGUCACUCUCCCGUUACCCAAAUGUAGAGGCUGAUCUAGUGAAAGAAGUACAGAAGAAUCUCAAUGAUAAUGAUGAGAAAGAGAGGUUAUUAGAUUAUGAAGAGUUAAAGGAGAUGGGAUUGAUGAAGGCCUGCUUGAAUGAGACCAUGAGGUUGUAUCCACCCGUUGCGUGGGACUCGAAGCACUCACUCGUCAACGAUGUGUUACCAGAUGGUACAAGAGUUCAAAGUGGAGACAGAGUUACGUAUUUCCAAUACGGGAUGGGUAGGAUGGAAGAAUUAUGGGGAAAAGAUAGACUGGAGUUUAAACCAGAUAGAUGGUUCGCCGAACCAGAUAAGGUGGAAGGAGGAGCUUUAAAGAAUGUGAGUCCAUAUAAAUUUCCAGUAUUUCAAGCUGGUCCUAGAGUUUGUCUAGGGAAAGAAAUGGCUUUUAUUCAGAUGAAAUACGUGGUUUCAUCUAUACUCAAUCGGUUCCAGUUAAGACCUGUUAUCGACACAGAUAAAGCAGUUUUUGUUCCUCUCCUCACAGCACAUAUGGCUGGUGGUUUCAAUGUUAAGGUCAUACAAAGGGAUUGUAACUCUCAAAUCUAAAUCUGAGAAAUUUAGAACAGCAAAGUUUAGAUAAGGUUUCUCUCUCACUUGAGGAGAGCUUUCACAAUGUAAUGUAAAAUUACUCAAACCCUGCAAGAGCAUUUCAGUUAUAUGUAA